UUCAUCGCUGCUGUACUGAGCUGGAGGAGGGGGUUCCUUUCACCCUUGCAUACAUACCCUCUUGUGAUGUAAUCAAUCUAUUCUCCAAAAGCAACCCUUGAUUGCCAUUCACUGGGAGCGUCCUAACCAGAGAGUAAAAACCAGGGGGGUUAAGUGAAUUCUCUCCCCACUGUAACCGGACUGAAUCCUAAACAGAACUGCGAAACAGAAAGGCCAUUUUCCUACUAGGAUUCUAAGUGACGUGUGGCUGAACGCUUGCUGGCAGAAUUUGUUAUGGACCACUAAGUUGAGCAAAAUCGGAUCUGACAAGACCUUUUGCGUCUUGGAAAGGGUUGCAAUAUACGACGGAGAAGGACCGUGCCACUCAAUCACUGUAAAAAAAAAAAAGAGAGAGUGCAAGAGAGAGUGGCAGAGUGGGAGAGAGAGAGAGAGAGAGGAGAGAAACGUGUUUGUAAAAAGGGGAAGCAUUUUUGGUUGAUGGGAUGAAGCCAGCCAUGGAAACUGCAGCAGAAGAGAAUCCUGAGCAAAGCCAAGAGAAAAAAGGUUGUUUUGAGUGCUGCAUUAAGUGCCUGGGAGGAGUCCCGUACGCGUCCCUGGUCGCCACUAUCCUGUGCUUCUCGGGGGUGGCUUUGUUCUGCGGCUGUGGCCAUGUGGCACUGACUGGGACGGUCACUAUCCUGGAGACUCACUUCUCUAAGGUCACUACGGAUCAUGCGACCUUAACCGAUGUAGUACAGCUGAUGCAGUACAUCAUUUAUGGGAUCGCCUCGUUUUUCUUCUUGUACGGAAUCAUUCUCUUGGCAGAGGGUUUCUACACUACCAGCGCUGUGAAGGAGCUUCACAGUGAAUUCAAGACCACAGCCUGUGGACGAUGCAUCAGUGGAAUGUUUGUGUUCCUGACCUAUAUCCUUGGAGUUGCCUGGCUGGGAGUAUUUGGCUUCUCAGCUGUUCCUGUCUUCUUGUUCUAUAACAUGUGGUCGACGUGCGAAGCCAUGAGAUCUCCAGUAGCGAACCUGACUUCCAUAGACUCUAUUUGCGUGGAUGUUCGGCAGUAUGGUAUCAUUCCCUGGAGCGCAACCCCUGGCAAAGCCUGUGGUUCCAAUCUAGGAACAAUCUGCAACACCAGUGAGUUCUAUCUGUCUUACCACCUCUACAUUGUGGCGUGUGCUGGAGCAGGCGCGACUGUUAUUGCACUGAUCCACUUCCUCAUGAUUCUGUCAGCAAAUUGGGCCUACUUAAAGGACGCAAGUCACAUGCAUGCGUACCAAGACAUCAAAAUGAAGGAAGAGCAAGAACUACAAGACAUCCAGUCCCGAUCAAAGGAACGUCUCAAUUCUUACACAUAAGGAUAUAACAUAAUCGUCACUGACCAGCUAUAGUCAUUUGACAAGAAAAUACGCAGCUAUAACUUACAGACUGCUCCUUGCAGUACUAAUGUGGGUCCUCCUAACAAACUAAUGCAUAAGUGUUGCUUUCUGCACUAACUCUCCUGGAAAAGUUUGUAGGAACCUUCUUCUUCUUCUUGUGUUAUAUAUACAUUUUCUCUUUUUAAUAUUCAAAGUAUGCCAUUUUAAAUAUAACUGUUUCUGUCUACAUAGAACACCUUUACCCCUUUCUCAGCCGGUUUUUGCUGGUAAAGCUUGAAACAUUGCACUAUUUUUUACAUUUUAAAAAAGAAUGCACCUGUUUUUAAGUAACUUGUUCUUAAUUUAGCAGGUAUAACCGUGCUAAAGAAAAGGAAAACAGUGUAGCUUCUUUUGAGCUAAGUGGUUCUCCAUCUUUUAUUAAAGAUGCCAUUUUGAUUAUGCUUCACUCACAGUACAACACACGCGCCUUACAAAGCCACAGAUUCCGAAUAAAGAUAAUACAGAAAACUAGUGCAAUGUGUUAUUUCUAUGUGCACGAUUGUCUGUGAAUGUUUAGUCUUUAACAGAUUGAGAAUGCAAUGGUGAAACUCGAUGGCGCAUCAUUCCAUUAAAACAAAUGCAUGCUUUGCUUUUGAGAAAAAUCUAGUUCAAAUUAGCUUACUACUUGCUUAGCAUAAACAUAGAAAUUCUAGCAUUUUUGUUAUUUCUGUUUGAAAUCUGUCGCAUCUGAUAUAGUUUUCCUUCUUGAGGGCACCUUGGAUUCUUAAUUUAACUUCUAAUUUUCCAGUUUUGUUCCUCCAGUAACUUGACAGAAGGUUAGAGCUAACUUACUGUAUUGGUGAACAACAAGUUAAACAGUGACUGAAGCCCUUAAAGGAAAAACUACCUCAGGUAUAAAAUUGUGAAUUUCUGAAAUAAAGGAGAGACUUGUUUUUAAUUUGCCAAUUGACCUGGGAAAAUAUAUAAGGGAUACCAGUAAAGACAGCAAACUUUGCUAAAUAUGGCAAAAGCAGUUAACGUUUAUAUAAAGUACCAAAACUAAUAGCCUCUUGAUAAAUGUUUAUGUAGCCAAAAUGCUUAGAGGCUGAAUUUUGUCUAAACAUUUUAAGUGGCUUACAAGAUAUUUUGAAGCCAAACCCCUUUCAUAUAGAGCGAGUGCUGCAGUAUUUCAUUUGACAGGUUUUAAUAAGGUUGCAGCAGACAGAGGCCUUCUCCAGCCUCCCCAACAUGACACACAGUAGUGGGGCCUCAAACAGUGGUGCAUGGGCCAUGUUCCUGGUUAAAAACACUCAUUCUCAGGCCUCCUGAGCGCUUCAACCUGUGAAGGAAUCACUGUUUAAACAAGACCUGUCUGAGAUGAGGCUAUUAUCACACAAUUAGCAGGCAUUGCUUUAGUUGAGUGGCCUUGAGUCAGUCAGUGUUUCCUUGUGAGCAUGGGGUAACAUCUGGACUGAACUCUUCUCCUCAUGCCUGUAGCCUAGCAGAGGGAACACUGCCAGUGUGUGUCUUCAUCUCCCCUGCCCAGGCAUCAGGGCCACAGCAAUGAGCUGCUUAUUAACAGCUGCUUCCAAAUUGAGUGGGUUUGUAAAACAGUAGCUGGUAAUUCCAAAUAAAAAGAGAUUCCUUUAAAAAAAUCAUUUAAAUUAUUCAAAUGGACAAACAAUGCAUAUUUUUAAUACACAUGUCACUCUCAUAAUACAGCUAAACUAUGCCUUGAUUGUUUUUUUAUAUUUUAAUGGUAUGUAAACCUUUAUGUUAUAUUAAACAAAAUAUCCAAUUUGCAUAUAAGGGCAAGUUAUUGUUUUCUUUGUAAGCUGGGAUUGUGGUGUGAAAACGCUGGGUAUUCUUUCACCUCUACCAUUUCUCAGUUUUUACUGCUUAGCUGCUGUCUUAUCCCCAUCACAACAAGCACUAUGCAUUUCAGGAUAAAAGAAACUUGUGUUUUUUCAUCAAUUUUCAUGAUGUACCGUAAUCUGUUAUUACUGAUUACUGCUAAUCAAACAAAUACUAAUUUUGGAAGACCGUGAAAGUGGGAUGUGUGAAUGUUAAUACCCUACAACCACAGGUUCUGUGAUAUUUAAGUCCAGACCGAAGUAUACUUUACAGAAUUUUAUGGAUGUAUAUGAUGUAGAGCUGUUGCUAGUCAGAAAUAUGUUGGGCUUUAAAAAAAUACUGGUUUAAUUGCUUCUAUAUUUUGUUAUGAAAAUCUUGGUAUUAAAAUGUCAUUGUAUUUUAAAAAUACUCUGAAGAUGUAUGUCAAUAUUGUUCAGAUGUGCAAAGGUUUAAAUACUGACAAAAGUUACUGAUGUUCUGUUUUAUGUUUGGUAGAUGAGAUGUACUGGAAUAUUGUAGUGCUUAAUCAUUGUUGCAUGGAAGAGAGAACUAUUUCUACAUUGAUCCAGGUGAUGUGUAGUCAUUUGUAUUGACCCGCUAUGGUAGGCAGUGUUUGCCCAUUUCCAUUUUCUAACUUGGAACAAAAAUCCAUUGUAUGUGGAAGGCAUAGGAGUCCUUAGUUUUCAUAGAACCAUUUUUUAAGUAAAAGUAAUAAAAUCCUGUAUAGUACCAAUUUUGUAACCUAAUAGCAAACCAAUAUUUUCUAUGAGUGCCAAGGGCUUCCUUGUGGUUUUAUUCAAGUAGAUAUUAAAAUUUGUAGAUAAAACACUUUGAA